GCAAAGAAGGAAGCUACAGAAUUGAUAGACAUACAUCAAAGACGUAACGGUAAAAGCAGUCAGCAAGUACUAUCUAUGCUUUUCCAUAGGAUGUUGAGAAGUUAACGUUUUCCUGAGAAAACACCUGUAGACGACGCCUGGGGGCAAAGUGUGAAAAGCCAUGUCUAGCAAAAAGCAGAGAAAGAGCCAAAAGCUUGGUUCUUCCCGACGAAAUCGCAACAGAAAUCCUGAAGAGAAAGAAUGUGAUGAUAGCUUCCCACAAACAGGCAAUGAAGAACAUGAAAGUGAGCAAAAAGAUUUUCAUGUUGUUUCUGAAAAACAACCAUCUGAUGCUUCUGUACUACCUCAGUUAGGCCAGGCAACAACAACUUGCAUCAGCCAGCAGACUUCUGCCUCAGAACUCCAUCCUCAUUCGCAGUCACAGGAUUUACUUGCACAAGCUGAAGCAGUGAGUAAGAGGAGAAAAAUGGGAUCAACUCGCAAGAGCAACAGAGGGUUUAAAGGUGGAGGAAUACCUGAGGAAGAACCAGAGGACAGAGUGGAGGUAAGUGAAGGGAUUAGUGAAGAGCAUGGAGUUCCUGAAGAAGUGUCAGUCAGAGGGGAUGAUCACCAACAAAGUUCAUCAGGUUAUUCAUCCAGUCAAUCCAUUGAACCUGAGAUUUCUAUCUUACAAAGAGAGCAUUGGGCCCUUGGUAGCACAAUGCAUAAAGAAGAGGUUCUGGGAAAUGAUGGGCGAGUUAAUUUAGAAAUAGCAUUUCAAAGCAAACUCAUGAGUCUUUCUUCUUUUGAGCCUGACCAACGUAAGGGGGCAGCUUUCAGUGAAGAAUCAAUAAGUCAUUCCUUUGAUUUCAGUGUACCACAACCACUCAAAGUAAACUUCCACUUCAUGAAUUUGAUGAUUCUUUGCAAAUGUACAAUCAAAUGGAGACUUUACCCAACACAACAGGCCAAAAGAAGACAGGCUCAGCUGACAGACCUCUUGAAGAAGGAAGAAUUACCAUUCCUGCAUGUGAUUUUGAGGAUGUUCAAGUGUUACAGGAUACUCAGAUUCACAGUCUUGUGUCCUCUGAUACAUCUGUGAACACAAUACAUGAUCAGUUCACUUUAAACUUUAUGAGUGAAGACAAACAAGAAAGAGAGAGCACAGUCUCAUCUCAUGAGUGUAGGGAGGGAGAAGCAUCUCUUAUAAAUGAACCUGAGCAAGAAUGUUCAUAUUCUCCAGAAGAAGGACUGAAUUCCAGUACAGAUGGAACUGAAGGGGCUCAAACAGGUACAGUAAAUGAGGGCAUUUCUGACCACUGCCUGGAGCUUAAAAAUGAGACCUUAAAGCUAACCGAGGAUUUGGCAUGUGUUCAAGAGAUUAAAAUGUCAGAAUACAGAGAGGGCGAGGAAGAACAUAGGGAGGUACACAUGGUUGGAGACAGAAAAGAAUGUGAAGAUGUGGUUGAAGCCAGAUUCACAAUGCAAACAGUGGAACCUGAUGAAAUCAUGACCUUGUCCCCAAAGAAGAAAAAAGGAGCUUCAUCAGACCAGUAUCUUUCAUAUGAUACAGAACUCCGUUGUGACUCAUCUGACAAUGAAAUUAAACAUCACAGAGAUGAACAGUAUGAUCUUUCUGAUGCCAGACUUUUGACAGGAGAAAGCAGUAUGGGGGAAAAUACAGGCCAAACUGAGCAGGGUGUAAAAGAACAAAAUAAUGAAGAAGAAGAAAAAAAAGACAGGGAGAUGAGGACAGAAGAAGAGGAAGCAGAGAAUGAUGAAGGUAAGCUGUUAGAUUUAGUCAGAGAAAGGAAGGUAAUUCCUUUUGAAACGCUACAUGAAGCAGAGUCUGAUGCAAUGGACAUAAGCAACCAGGCAUACAGUUUACAACAUGAUGAUGCUGGAGAAUUUUUAUCUGACAUGCGGUCAAAGGAGGGAGCUUGUAUUGAUAUACAGGCAGAUUCUAAUCAGUUGCCUCAGAUCGAAAUCUGUCAUGACACCAAGCUCUAUGAGGAGCAGCCCUUUCAGUCAAAUGAUAGCAUGACAGAUAAGGAGAGAGGAAAUGACAUCACUGAAAACAGCAAUCAGUUUUUUGAGGAAAUAAAGCCAUCCGAGAACAUUUGUGAUACCAGUGCUUUAUCUAUAGGCAAAGAUGGGGAUAAUAACAGUUAUGCAGUAGUCAGCAAUGAAACAGUUGAGCUAACAAAGAGAAAAGACGUAAGUGCAGAGGACAGAAUGCUCUUGGUGUAUGACAGUUUAGAUGCUGAAGAUAAAGUGAGUACUGAAAAGGUGCUGACCACAGAUCACUUAAUGAAGCGGGCUGAAGACGAUGAGCUAUCUUUUCCACAGCAGCUGCAAAGAAAGGGUGCAUGCGUUGAAGAACACUUCGACAUAGAUACAGGAUACAGAGAUCUUGAAAAAGAGGAAAAAACAUUGCAGGGUCUUACUGCUGUGGCCAAAGAAGAUGAUGUCAUUAAGAAUAAUGUGGAACAAACUGGUCAAGCAAAUGUCUCUCACACGUACAGUGGUGCACAUGAAGAUGAUAUUACAUCACAUCUGUCAGAGGAACAGUCUAAAGCAGUGGACUGUGUUGAGGUAAUAGCUGCCACUGUGACAAAUUGUGCUCUUGAUCUGACAGAUGACCUGCAUACAGAAGCUGAAUGUGUUGUCACUGGUGACAGUUCUUUCUCUCAGGCAGGAGAGAAUCCCGUACAUCCAGUCUCCAACAAAUGCUCCCAUAUAACAGAGUUGGACUCAUCUCACAAUACUUUCGAUGAAAAGAAAGAAAAUGGGAUGGAGGGUGUAACUGAAGAAGAUGUAGAAACUGAGACCACAAACAUUUUACAAAACGAUGAAACCUUAACCACAUCAUUUGUUUAUGAAGAAAACAAAGAGAUAAAAGAAGGCAAUGGGGCAAAACCAGAAUGUGGAGUCCUUGAUAAAGAGAAUGAGGCUCUAGAAAUGAACAAAAAGCAAUCUGGAGGGAUGGAUGUAGCACCUACAAUAAUUUUAGAUGUGUCUGAACAGAUUGACUCUGCAGUCCUCAAAGUCCAAAACAACUCAGGAGAAGUGGUGGAUGCUAUGGUGCAAAAAAAUCAAUCACAGGAAAAUAUGGAAACAGAACCACAUGGGCAAAGCCAGACGGAGAAAAAAAAGAAAUUUGGAUCAACCAGGAGGCCUCGAGGAGGACACAGACCAGACACUGAUAUAGAGGAAAGAAUAUGGAAAGAUGUGGAAGCUACAGAAGAAAUUAAACAUGAUGAUCAAAAUACAUAUUCUGAAGAAACCAGUCAGCAAGCUGGAUCACAGAGUUCUGUGAGUGAGGUGUCACUUGGUAUUAUUGAUCUACACUCGGAAACAGAAACCGUUGAAAUGAUUGAUACAGCACCUGUUGUAAUGUCAAAUGCAAUUGUUUGUCAGAUUGACACUGUGAUCCUUGAAGAAAACAGCAAAGCAGAAGAUCCAGGAGAAAUUAUAGAACAUGAAAAAUCAACAGUGGAGGAUGAGAGAACUGAUGACUCCACAUACUCAGAUGAGCAAAAAAUGUCAUCAAUCAUUACAGAAAUUCCGAAUGAUACUUCCACAUAUUAUAACCGUUCUCAAGAAGCAUUCAUGGUAGUCCAAGAUCCUGAUAUGGAGAGAACUGACAAUGGAAGCCCCAGCCAAGUAAAUACUUCUCCUACAAGUGUCACAAUGGAGUUUACUUCUCAAACACAGGGCAGUUUAGACAUGCUAGAGAAUACAGAAAAUACUCUUGAUUUUGCAUCUGAUAGAAUGAGACAGUUGUCUUGGAAUCUUGACAUUUUUGCAGACCAUCUAAAUCAGCCAACAAACAGAGAAUCAGAACUUGAAAGCACAUGCUCAUUCAUUCUAAUACAAGAAUCAAAAACCACAGAGGAUGAUGUGAUAACCGAUCAUGCAGAACUUAGCAUAUCAGGGACAAAGAUGGGUUUAAUUCAAAGGACAGAGCAACACCAUGAAGGUGACCAGAAAGAAAAUAUUGAAGAGACAAGUGAAAAAGAAGGAAAAAGAGGUGAAAAAGAUUAUGUGGACAGGCAUGGAGAGAAGAAAGAUGUGCCUCUUACAGACAGCUCUAACAUAUCAAGCAGAAAGAAUGAAGUUAUUGAGGAGGAGAAUAAAGAAACAACAGAAGAAAUGAACUCUGCUCCUACAGAAGAAUCUGCUACUGAGGAUUUUACAGCAGUGUGUUCAGAACAAUAUAUGAAUCCUGUAUUAUCCUCUCAAAUAACCAAAUGGGUUUUAACUACUAACAGACAAACACCACAAGGAGCUGAACUUUCAGAUUCCAAAGACGAUGAUGGGAAUAGUAAAGAAAAUGCAGAAAUGAGAAGCACAGAACCACAGGCACAAAACCAAAGUAAGAAAAAGAGAAAAUUUGGGUCAACCCGAAGGCCGCAAGGAGGACAGAGACCAGACACUGAAGGAAAGGAAAGAAAAUGGAAAGAUGUGGAAGCUACAGAAGGAUUUGAACAUGACAAGGAAGAGAGAUGUUCUAAAGAAACCACGCAUCAAGCAGCUGCUGUAAACUCACUUACUAAACCACAGAUUGCUGUGAGUGAGGUGUCACUUGGCAUUCUUGACCUGACCAUGGAAAAAGAAAUAACCGAAUCAAAAGAUGAAACGGGAUUGACAGACAUUGUUGUUCACUAUAUUGAUAAUGAAUUAAGCAAAGUAGAGGAACUGGUGGAAAUUACAGGAGAACAUCCACAGUCAGUAGAGGAUGAUGAGAAGGCCAACAAGCUCACAUCUUCAGAUAAGCAGGAAAUGUCUCCAGUCAUCAUGAAAACUGAGAAUGAUACUUCCACAUACCAUGACUUUUCUCAGGAAGCAUCCAUGGUAGUCAAAGAAUGUGAUGUAGAAAGUUCUGAAAACAGAAGCCCCAGCCAUGUUCAUGCUUCUCCUAUAAGUGGUACCAUGGAGCUUAUUUCUGAAAUACAGGACAUCUUAGAUAUUCCAAGGAAUAUAGUAAAUACUGAUGAGAUUGCAUCUGACCAGAUGAGACAGCUGCCUUGGGAUCAUAAUAUAUCUGAAGAACAUUUAGACCUGCACACAAACAGAGAUUCAGAACUAGAGCAAAAUGAAAGCACAUGCUCACUCAUUCACAUACAAGAAUCAAAAAAAGUUCAGGAUGAUGUAAUAACAGAAAAUUCAGAACUUAACACAUCUGGGAAAAGAGGAAAGAUGGAGCCAACUCAAAAGAGUCAUAGAAAGCAGUUUCAUGGACAUGAGUUGGAUGAUUCUGUUGAAGAGAUAAAUGAAAAAGAAGGGAAACAUGGUAAAAAAGAUGAUGAAGACACGUAUGGUGAGGAGAAAGAUGUGCAUCUUACAGACAGAUCUAACAUACCGAGCCUAAAGAAUGAAAGUGAAAGUGAAAAGACAGAAGAAGUAAUUAAUGCUGGUCCUGCAAAAGAUUCCACCACUGAGGAUUUUAUAGCAGUGUGUUCAAAACAAUAUAAGGAUUCUGGAUUAUCCUCUCAAAUAAAUGAACUGGGUUUAACUACUAACAUACAGCCAUCACCAGUAGUUGAAUAUUCAGAUUUCAAGGACGAUGGUGGGAAUAGUAAAGAUGAUGUAGAAAUGAGAAAUGCAGAACUACAUACACAACACCAAAGUAAGAAAAAGAGGAAAUCUAGGUCAACUCGAAGGCCUCAAGGAGGACACAGACCAGACAAUGAUGGAGAGCAAAGAAAACGGAAAGAUGUGGAAGCUACAGAAGAAUUUGAACAUAAUGAGGAAGAGAGAUUUUCAAAAGAAACCACCAAUCAAGCUGCUACUUUAAACUCGCUAACUGAACCACAGAUUGCUGUGAGUGAGGUGUCACUUGGUGUACUUGACCCACCCUUGGAAAAAGAAAUGAUUGAAUCAAAAGACAAAACAGUAUUGACAGAUAUUGUUGUUCACCAUAUUGAUAACGAAGUAAGCAAAAGAGAAAAACUAGUGGAAAUUAGACACCCAGUUGUGGAGUAUGAGAGCGAUGAUGAGUCCACAUCUACAGAUAAGCAGAAAAUGCCAACAGUCAUAACAGAAAUUCAGAAUGAUACUUCCACAUACCAAACGUCUUCUCAGGAAGCAUCUGUGGUAGCUGAAGAAGGUGACGUAGAGAGUACUGAAAAUGGAAACCCCUGCCAAGUUCUUUCUUCUCCUACAUGUGGGACGGUGGAGCUUAUUUCGAAGAUACAGCAGAGCUUAGACAUUUCAGUAAAUACAGAAAAUACUCAUGAGCUUGCAUCUUAUGGAAUAAAACAGCUAGCUUGGGAUCACAGCAUACCUGAAGACCAUCUAGAGCUGCAGAACAAAGAAUCAGAAGCAGAGCAAUUUGGAAACUCAAGCACACUCAUUCACACACAGGAAUCCAAAACCACUCAGGAUGAUGUAAUAACAGAGAAUUCAGAACCUAGCACAUCUGGGAAACCAAGGAAAAUAGGGUCAACUCGAAGGAGUCACAGAGGGCGACUCCAUGAACGUGACCAGAAAAAUCCUACUGAGGAGAUCAGUGAAAAAGAAGAAAAAAUAGGCUAUGAAGAUGAUGAAGAGAAGUAUGGAGAGGAGAAGGAUGUGGAUCUUACAGAAAUAUCUACCUUAUCAAGCAGAAAAACUGAAGUUCUUGAAGAGGAGAGUAAGGAAACAAUGGAAGAAAUAAAUGCCAGUCCUGCAAAAGAUUCCAGCACCGAGGACUUUGUAGCAGUGUGUUCAGAACAAUGUUCCUCUCAAACAACUGAACUGGCUUUAACUACUAACAUACAGCCAUCAUCAGUGACCGAACAUUCAGAUUCCAGGGAAGAUGAUGGGAAUAGUGAAGAAAAUAUAGAAGUGAAAAAUGCAGAAUUACAGACACAAAGCCAAAGUAAGAAAAAAAAGAAAUUUGGAUCAACCCGGAGGCCUCAAGGAGGACACAGACCAGACAAUAAAGGAGAGGAAAGAAAAUGGAAAAAUGUAGAAGCUACAGAACGAACUGAACAUGACGAGGAAGAGAGAUGUUCUGAAGAAACCACCAAUCAAGCAGCUUCUUCUGACUUGCUUGCUGAACCACAGAAUGGUGUUAGUGAGGAGUCACCUGUCAUCUUUGACCCACCCUUGAAAAAAGAAAUAACUGAAUCAAAUGAUGAAACAGGAAAGCAUGACAUUAUUGAUACACCACAUGUCAUUUUGACAGAUACUCUUGUUCACCAUAGUGAUAAUGAAGUACACAAAGCAGAAAAACUAGUGGAGAUUAUAGAAGAACAUGGACAAUCAAUAGUGGAGUAUGAGAGGGAUAAUGAGCCCACAUCUGCAGAGACAACGCCACCAGCGGUCACAGAAAGUCAGAAUGAUGCUUCCACAUACCAUGACUCAACUCAGGAAGAAUCCAUAAUAGUCAAAGGCCAUGAUAUGGAGAGUACUGAAAACAGACACCCUGGCCAGGUUCAUGUUACUCCUACAUGUGGCACAGUGGAGCUUAAUUCUGAUGUACAGGACAGCGUAGGCAUUCCAGCAAAUACUGAAAAUAUUCAUGAAUUUGUUUCUGACCAGAUCGGACAAGGGCCAUCUGAUGAAAGCAUAUCCAAAGACCAAGUAGACCAGCCAACAAAUGAAGACGCAGAACUAGAGAAAGUCGAAAGCACAUGCUCACUCGUUCACAUACAAGAACCAAAAACCACUCAGGAGAAUGUCAAGAGGGAGAAUUUAGAACUCAGUACAUCUGGGAAACGGAGAAAGAUGGGGUCAACUCGAAGGAGUCAUAGAGAGCCACUCCAUGGAGAUGGCCUGAAAGAGUCUAUUGAAGAAAUAAAUGAAAAAGAGAGAGAAAGCAGUGAAAAAGAUGAUGAUGACGACAUGCAUGGAGAGAAGAAAGAUGUGCAUCUUACAGAAACAUCUAACAUAUCAAUCAGAAAGAAUGAAGUUGUGGAGGAGGAGAGAGAAGAGAUAAAGGAAGAAUUAAAAGCCCGUCAUACAGAAGAUUCCACCACUGAUGAUUUUAUAGCAGUGUGUUCAGAACAAUACAUGGAUUCUGGGUUAUUCUCUAAAACAGCUGAACUGGGUUUAGCUACUAACAUACAGCCAUCACCAGUGACCGAACAUUCAGAUUCCAAGGAUGAUGGUGGGAAUAGUGAAGAAAAUGUAGAAAUAAAAAACACAGAACUACAUACACAAAACCAAAGUAAAAAAAAGAGGAAAUCUGGAUCAACCCAGAGGCUUCAACGAGGACACAGACCAGACAAUGAAGGAGAGGAAAGAAGAUGGAAAGAUGUGGAAUCUACAGAAGAAAUUGAAGAUGAUGAGGAAGAGAGAUGUUCUAAAGAAACCACUAAUCAAGCAGCUACUUCAGAGUUGCUUACUGAAUCAGAAAGUGCUGUGAAUGAGGUGUUACUUGGCAUCCCUGAACCACCCCUGGAAAAAGAAAUGACUGAAUCAAAUGAUGAAACAGGAGAGCAGGGAAUUACUGAUAGACCACAUGUCAUAUUGACAGAUACUCUUGUUCACCAUAGUGAUAAUGAAGUAAGCAAAGCAGAAGAACUUGUGGAGAUUAUAGAAGAACAUGAAAAAUCAGUAGUGGAGUAUGAGAGGGGCGAUGAGUCCACAUCUUCAGAGACAACGCCACCAGUGGUCACAGAAAUUCAGAAUGAUGCUUCCACAUACCAUGACUUUUCUCAGGAAGCAUCCAUAAUAGUCGAAGGCCAUGAUAUGGAGAGUACUGAAAACAGAAGCCCCGACCAAGUUCAUGUUACUCCUACAUGUGGAACAGUGGAGCUUAUUUCUCAGGCCCAGGACAGCGUAGGCAUUCCAGUGAAUACAGAAAAUACUCAUGAAAUUGUUUCUGACCAGAGUAGACAGUUGCCAUCUGAUGAAAGCAUAUUCAAAGACCAACUAGACCAGCCAACGUAUGAAGAUUCAGAACUAGAGAAAGUCGAAAGCACAUGCUCACUCGUUCACAUACAAGAACCAAAAACCACUCAGGAGAAUGUGAUGACAGAGAAUUUAGAAAUUAGCACAUCUGGGAAACGGAGAAAGAUGGGGUCAACUCGAAGGAGUCAUAGAGAGCCACUCCAUGGAGGUGGCCUGAAGGAGUCUACUGAAGAGAUAAAUGAAAAAGAGAGAGAAAGCGGUGAAAAAGACGAUGAAGACACGUAUGGAGAGGAGAAAGAUGUGCAUCUUACAGAAACAUCGAACAUAUCAAGCAGAAAGAAGGACACUGUGGAGGAGGAGAUUAAAGAGAUAAAGGAUGAAUUAAAUGCCAGUCCUACAGAAGAUUCCACCACUGAGGAUUUUAUAGCAGUGUGUUCAAAACAAUACAUGGAUUCUGGAUUAUCCUCUCAAACAACUGAACUGGGGUUAACCACUAACAUACAGCCAUCACCAGUGACCGAACAUUCAGAUUCCAAGGAUGAUGGUGGGAAUAGUGAAGAAAAUAUAAAAGUGAAAAAUGCAGAACUACAGACACAUAGCCAAAGUAAGAAAAAAAGGAAAUUUGGAUCAACCCGGAGGCCCCAAGGAGGACACAGACCAGACAAUGAAGGAGAGGAAAGAAAACGGAAAAAUGUAGAAGCUACAGAACAAACUGAACAUGACGAGGAAGACAGAUGUUCUGAAGAAACCACCAAUCAAGCAGCUUCUUCUGACUUGCUUACUGAACCACAGAAUGCUGUGAGUGAGGAGUCACUUGGCAUCCUUGACCCACCCUUGGAAAAAGAAAUAACUGAAACAAAAGAUGAAACAGGAGGGUGUGGAAUGAUUGACAUAUCACAUGUCAUAUUGACAGAUAUUGUUGUUCAGCAUAGUGAUAAUGAAGUACACAAAGCAGAAGAACCAGUAGAGAUUAUAGAAGAACACAGACAAUCAGUAGCGGAGUAUGAGGGGAAUGAUGAGUCCACAUUUUCAGAGACAACGCCACCAGUGGUCACAGAAAUUCAGAAUGAUGCUUCAGCAAACUAUGAUAUUUCUCAGGUAGUUGAAGAAUGUGAUAUGGAGAGUACUGAAAACAGAAGCCCAAGCCAUUUUCAUGUUACUACUACAUGUGGAACAGUGGAGCUUAAUUCUGAGGCCCAGGACAGCGUAGGCAUUCCAGUGAAUACAGAAAAUGCUCAUGAACUUGUUUCUGAACAGAUCGGACAGUUGCCAUCUGAUGAAAGCAUAUCCAAAGACCAACAAGACCAGCCAACGUAUGAAGACUCAAAAAUAGAGAGAGACGAAAGCACGUGCUCACUCGUUCACAUACAAGAACCUAAAACCACUCAGGAGAAUGUCAUGACAGAGAAUUUAGAAUUCAGCACAUCUGCGAAACGGAGAAAGAUGGGGUCAACUCGAAGGAGUCAUAGAGAGCCACUCCAUGGAGGUGGCCUGAAGGAGUCUACUGAAGAGAUAAAUGAAAAAGAGAGAGAAAGAGGUGAAAAAGAUGAUGAAGACACGUAUGGAGAGGAGAAAGAUGUGCAUCUUACAGAAACAUCUAACAUAUCAAGCAGAAAGAAUGACGCUGUGGAGGAGGAGAGAGAAGAGAUAAAGGAAGAAUUAAAAGCCAGUCCUACAGAAGAUUCCACCACUGAGGACUUUAUAGCAGUGUGUCCAGAACAGUAUAUAGAUUCUGCAUUAUCCUCUCAAACAACUGAACUGGGUUUAACUACUAACAUACAGCCAUUACCAAUGACUGAACAUUCAGAUUCCAAGGAUGAUGGUGGGAAUAGUGAAGAAAAUGUAGAAAUAAAAAACACAGAACUACAUACACAAAACCAAAGUAAGAAAAAAAGGAAAUUUGGAUCAACCCGCAGGCCUCAAGAAGGACACAGACCAGACAAUGAAGGAGAGGAAAGAAGAUGGAAAGAAGUGGAAUCUACAGAAGAAAUUGAAGAUGAUGAGGAAGAGAGAUGUUCUAAAGAAACCACUCAUCAAGCAGCUACUUCAGAGUUGCUUACUGAAUCAGAAAGUGCUGUGAAUGAGGUGUUACUUGGCAUCCCUGAACUACCCUUGGAAAAAGAAAUGAUUGAAUCAAAUGAUGAAACAGGAGAGCAGGGAAUUACUGAUAGACCACAUGUCAUAUUGACAGAUACUCUUGUUCACCAUAGUGAUAAUGAAGUAAGCAAAGCAGAAGAACUAGUGGAGAUUAUAGAAGAACAUGAACAAUCAGUAGUAGAGUAUGAGAGGGGCGAUGAGUCCACAUCUUCAGAGACAACGCCACCAGUGGUCACAGAAAUUCAGAAUGAUGCUUCCACAUACCAUGACUUUUCUCAGGAAGCAUCCAUAAUAGUCGAAGGCCAUGAUAUGGAGAGUACUGAAAACAGAAGCCCUGACCAAGUUCAUGUCACUCCUACAUGUGAAACAGUGGAGCUUAAUUCUGAGAUACACGACAGCUUAGGCAUUCCAGUGAAUACAGAAAAUACUCAUGAAUUUGUUUCUGACCAGAGUAGACAGUUGCCAUCUGAUGAAAGCAUAUCCAAAGACCAACAAGACCAGCCAACGUAUGAAGACUCAAAAAUAGAGAAAGUCGAAAGCACAUGCUCACUCGUUCACAUACAAGAACCUAAAACCUCUCAGGAGAAUGUGAUGACAGAGAAUUUAGAAUUCAGCACAUCUGGGAAACGGAGAAAGAUGGGGUCAACUCGACGGAGUCAUAGAGAGCCACUCCAUGGAGGUGGCCUGAAAGAGUCUAUUGAAGAGAUAAAUGAAAAAGAGAGAGAAAGAGGUGAAAAAGAUGAUGAAGACACGUAUGGAGAGAAGAAAGAUGUGCAUCUUACAGAAACAUCUAACAUAUCAAUCAGAAAGAAUGACGCUGUGGAGGAGGAGAGUGAAGAGAUAAAGAAAGAAUUAAAAGCCAGUCAUACAGAAGAUUCCACCACUGAGGAUUUUACAGCAGUGUGUUCAGAACAGUAUAUAGAUUCUGGAUUAUCCUCUCAAACAACUGAACUGGGUUUAACUACUAACAUACAGCCAUCACCAGUGACCGAACAUUCAGAUUCCAAGGAUGAUGGUGGGAAUAGUGAAGAAAAUGUAGAAAUAAAAAACACAGAACUACAUACACAAAACCAAAGUAAGAAAAAGAGGAAAUCUGGAUCAACCAGGAAGCUUCAAGGAGGACACAGACCAGACAAUGAAGGAGAGGAAAGAAAAUGGAAAGAUGUGGAAUCUACAGAAGAAAUUAAAGAUGAUGAGGAAGAGAGAUGUUCUAAAGAAACCACUCAUCAAGCAACUAGUUCAGAGUUGCUUACUGAACCACACAGUGCUGAGAGUGAGGUGUCACUUGGCAUCCCUGAACCACCCUUGGAAAAAGAAAUGAUUGAAUCAAAUGAUGAAACAGGAGAGCAGGGAAUUAUUGAUACACCACAUGUCAUAUUGACAGAUACUCUUGUUCACCAAAGUGAUAAUGAAGUAAGCAAAGCAGAAGAACUAAUGGAGAUUAUAGAAGAACAUGAACAAUCAGUAGUGGAGGAUAAGAGGGGCAAUGAGUCCACAUCUUCAGAGACAACGCCACCAGUGGUCACAGAAAUUCAGAAUGAUGCUUCCACAUACCAUGACUUUUCUCAGGAAGCAUCCAUAAUAGUCGAAGGCCAUGAUAUGGAGAGUACUGAAAACAGAAGCCCCGACCAAGUUCAUGUCACUCCUACAUGUGGAACAGUGGAGCUUAUUUCUGAGGCCCAAGACAGCUUAGGCAUUCCAGUGAAUACAGAAAAUACUCAUGAACUUGUUUCUGAUCGGAGUAGACAGUUGCCAUCUGAUGAAAGCAUAUCCAAAGACCAACAAGACCAGCCAACAAAUGAAGACUCAGAACUAGAGAAAGUCGAAAGCACGUGCUCACACGUUCACAUACAAGAACCAAAAACCACUCAGGAGAAUGUGAUGACAGAGAAUUUAGAACUCAGCACAUCUGGGAAACGGAGAAAGAUGGGGUCAACUCGAAGGAGUCAUAGAGAGCCACUCCAUGGAGGUGGCCUGAAGGAGUCUACUGAAGAGAUAAAUGAAAAAGAGAGAGAAAGCAGUGAAAAAGACGAUGAAGACACAUAUGGAGAGGAGAAAGAUGUGCAUCUUACAGAAACAUCGAACAUAUCAAGCAGAAAGAAUGAAGCUGUGGAGGAGGACAGAGAAGAGAUAAAGGAAGAAUUAAAAGCCCGUCAUACAGAAGAUUCCACCACUGAGGACUUUAUAGCAGUGUGUCCAGAACAGUAUAUAGAUUCUGCAUUAUCCUCUCAAACAACUGAACUGGGUUUAACUACUAACAUACAGCCAUCACCAGUGACCGAACAUUCAGAUUCCAAGGAUGAUGGUGGGAAUAGUGAAGAAAAUGUAGAAAUAAAAAACACAGAACUACAUACACAAAACCAAAGUAAGAAAAAGAGGAAAUCUGGAUCAACCCGCAGGCCUCAAGGAGGACACAGAACAGACAAUGAAGGAGAGGAAAGAAGAUGGAAAGAUGUGGAAUCUACAGAAGAAAUUGAAGAUGAUGAGGAAGAGAGAUGUUCUAAAGAAACCACUCAUCAAGCAACUACUUCAGAGUUGCUUACUGAACCACACAGUGCUGAGAGUGAGGUGUCAAUUGGCAUCCCUGAACCACCCUUGGAAAAAGAAAUGACUGAAUCAAAUGAUGAAACAGAAGAGCAUGACAUUAUUGAUACACCACAUGUCAUAUUGACAGAUACUCUUGUUCACCAUAGUGAUAAUGAAGUAAGCAAAGCAGAAGAACUAGUGGAGAUUAUAGAAGAACAUGAACAAUCAGUAGUAGAGUAUGAGAGGGGCGAUGAGUCCACAUCUUCAGAGACAACGCCACCAGUGGUCACAGAAAUUCAGAAUGAUGCUUCCACAUACCAUGACUUUUCUCAGGAAGCAUCCAUAAUAGUCGAAGGCCAUAAUAUGGAGAGUACUGAAAACAGAAGCCCCGACCAAGUUCAUGUCACUCCUACAUGUGGAACAGUGGAGCUUAAUUCUGAGAUACACGACAGCUUAGGCAUUCCAGUGAAUACAGAAAAUACUCAUGAAUUUGUUUCUGACCAGAGUAGACAGUUGCCAUCUGAUGAAAGCAUAUCCAAAGACCAACAAGACCAGCCAACAAAUGAAGACUCAGAACUAGAGAAAGUCGAAAGCACGUGCUCACACGUUCACAUACAAGAACCAAAAACCACUCAGGAGAAUGUGAUGACAGAGAAUUUAGAAUUCAGCACAUCUGGGAAACGGAGAAAGAUGGGAUCAACUCGAAGGAGUCAUAGAGAGCCACUCCAUGGAGGUGGCCUGAAAGAGUCUACUGAAGAGAUAAAUGAAAAAGAGAGAGAAAGAGGUGAAAAAGAUGAUGAAGACAUGUAUGGAGAGAAGCAAGAUGUGCAUUUUACAGAAACAUGUAACAUAUCAAUCAGAAAGAAUGAAGUUGUGGAGGAGGAGAUAGAAGAGAUAAAGGAAGAAUUAAAAGCCAGUCCUACAGAAGAUUCCACCACUGAGGAUUUUACAGCAGUGUGUUCAGAACAAUACAUGGAUUCUGGGUUAUUCUCUAAAACAGCUGAACUGGGUUUAGCUACUAACAUCCAACCAUCACCAGUGACCGAACAUUCAGAUUCCAAGGAUGAUGGUGGGAAUAGUGAAGAAAAUGUAGAAAUAAAAAACACAGAACUACAUACACAAAACCAAAGUAAGAAAAAGAGGAAAUCUGGAUCAACCCGCAGGCCUCAAGGAGGACACAGACCAGACAAUGAAGGAGAGGAAAGAAGAUGGAAAGAUGUGGAAUCUACAGAAGAAAUUGAAGAUGAUGAGGAAGAGAGAUGUUCUAAAGAAACCACUCAUCAAGCAACUACUUCAGAGUUGCUUACUGAACCACACAGUGCUGAGAGUGAGGUGUCAAUUGGCAUCCCUGAACCACCCUUGGAAAAAGAAAUGACUGAAUCAAAUGAUGAAACAGAAGAGCAUGACAUUAUUGAUACACCACAUGUCAUAUUGACAGAUACUCUUGUUCACCAUAGUGAUAAUGAAGUAAGCAAAGCAGAAGAACUAAUGGAGAUUAUAGAAGAACAUGAACAAUCAGUAGUAGAGUAUGAGAGGGGCGAUGAGUCCAAAUCUUCAGAGACAACGCCACCAGUGGUCACAGAAAUUCAGAAUGAUGUUUCUACAUACCAUGACUUUUCUCAGGAAGCAUCCAUAAUAGUCGAAGGCCAUAAUAUGGAGAGUACUGAAAACAGAAGCCCCGACCAAGUUCAUGUCACUCCUACAUGUGGCACAGUGGAGCUUAAUUCUGAGGCCCAGGACAGCGUAGGCAUUCCAGUGAAUACAGAAAAUACUCAUGAACUUGUUUCUGACCAGAGUAGACAGUUGCCAUCUGAUGAAAGCAUAUUCAAAGACCAAACAGACCAGCCAACAAACGAAGACUCGGAAAUAGAGAAAGUCGAAAGCACAUGCUCAGUCGUUCACAUACAAGAACCUAAAACCACUCAGGAGAAUGUGAUGACAGAGAAUUUAGAACUUAGCACAUCUGGGAAACGGAGAAAGAUGGGGUCAACUCGAAGGAGUCAUAGAGAGCCACUCCAUGGAGGUGGCCUGAAGGAGUCUACUGAAGAGAUAAAUGAAAAAGAGAGAGAAAGCAGUGAAAAAGACGAUGAAGACAUGUAUGGAGAGAAGAAAGAUGUGCAUCUUACAGAAACAUCAAACAUAUCAAGCAGAAAGAAUGAAGCUGUGGAGGAGGACAGAGAAGAGAUAAAGGAAGAAUUAAAAGCCAGUCCUACAGAAGAUUCCACCACUGAGGAUUUUACAGCAGUGUGUUCAGAACAAUACAUGGAUUCUGGGUUAUUGUCUCAAACAAAUGAAUUGGGUUUAACUACUAACAUACAGCCAUCACCAGUGACUGAAUAUUCAGAUUCCAAGGAAGAUGAUGGGAAUAGUGAAGAAAAUAUAGAAGUGAAAAUUGCAGAACUACAGACACAAAACCAAAGUAAGAAAAAAAAGAAAUUUGGAUCAACCCGGAGGCCUCAAGGAGGACACAGACCAGACAAUGAAGGAGAAGAAAGAAAAAGGAAAGAUGUGGAAGCUACAGAACAAACUGAACAUGACAAGGAAGAGAGAUGUUCUAAAGAAGCCACCAGUCAAGCAGCUUCUUCUGACUUGCUUGCUGAACCACAGAGUGUUGUGAGUGAGCAGUCACUUAGCAUUCUUGACCCACCCUUGGAAAAAGAAAUAAAUGAAUCAAAAGAUGAAACAGGAGGGUGUGGAAUGAUUGACACAUCACAUGUCAUACUGACAGAUAUUGUUGUUCAGCAUAGUGAUAAUGAAGUAAGCAAAGCAGAAAAACUAGUAGAGAUUACAGAAGAACAUGAACAAUCAGUAGUGCAGGAUAGGAGGGGCGAUGAGUUCAUGUUUUCAGAUAAGCCGACAAUGCCACUAGUGGUCACAGAAAUUCAGAAUGAUGCUUCCACAUACCAUGACUUUUCUAAGGUAGUUGAAGAAUGUGAUAUAGAGAGUACUGAAAACAGAAGCCCCAGCCAAGUUCAUGUUACUCCUACAUGUGGCACAGUGGAGCUUAAUUCUGAGAUACAGGACAGCGUAGGCAUUCCAGUGAAUACAGAAAAUGCUCAUGAAUUUGUUUCUGACCAGGUUGGACAGUUGCCAUCUGAAGAAAGCAUAUCCAAAGACCCACUAGACCAGCCAACAAACGAAGACCCAGAACUAGAGAAAGUCGAAAGCACAUGCUCACACGUUCACAUACAAGAAUCUAAAACCACUCAGGAGAAUGUCAUGACAGAGAAUUUAGAACUCAGCACAUCUGGGAAACGGAGAAAGAUGGGGUCAACUCGACGGAGUCAUAGAGAGCCACUCCAUGGAGGUGGCCUGAAAGAGUCUAUUGAAGAGAUAAAUGAAAAAGAGAGAGAAAGCAGUGAAAAAGACGAUGAAGACACGUAUAGUGAGGGGAAAGAUGUGCAUCUUACAGAAACAUCUAACAUAUCAAGCAGAAAGAAUGAAGCUGUGGAGGAGGAGAGAGAAGAGAUAAAGGACGAAUUGAAAGCCGGUCAUACAGAAGAUUCCAUCACUGAGGAUUUUAUAGCAGUGUGUUCAGAACAAGAGAUGCAUUCUGGAUUAUCCUCUCAAACAACUGAACUGGGUUCAAUCACUGACAUACAGCCAUCACCAGUGACUGAACAUUCAGAUUUGAAGGACGAUGGUGGGAAUAGUGAAGAAAAUGUAGAAAUAAAAAACACAGAACUACAUACACAAAGAGAAAGUAAGAAAAAGAGGAAAUUUGGAUCAACCCGGAGGCCUCAAGGAGGACACAGACCAGACAAUGAAGGAGAGGAAAGAAAAUGGAAAGAUGUGGAAUCUACAGAAGAAAUUAAAGAUGAUGAGGAAGAGAGAUGUUCUAAAGAAACCACUCAUCAAGCAACUACUUCAGAGUUGCUUACUGAACCACACAGUGCUGCGAGUGAGGAGUCACUUGGCAUCCCUGAACCACCCUUGGAAAAAGAAAUGAUUGAAUCAAAUGAUGAAACAGGAGAGCAGGGAAUUAUUGAUAGACCACAUGUCAUUUUGACAGAUACUCUUGUUCACCAUAGUGAUAAUGAAGUAAGCAAAGCAGAAGAACUAAUGGAGAUUAUAGAAGAACAUGGACAAUCAGUAGUGGAGUAUGAGAGGGGCGAUGAGUCCACAUCUUCAGAGACAACGCCACCAGUGGUCACAGAAAUUCAGAAUGAUGUUUCUACAUACCAUGACUUUUCUCAGGUAGUUGAAAAAUGUGAUAUGGAGAGUACUGAAAACAGAAGACCCAGCCAAGUUCAUGUUACUGCUACAUGUGAAACAGUGAAGCUUAUUUCUGAGGCCCAGGACAGUGUAGGCAUUCCAGUGAAUAUAGAAAAUACUCAUGAACUUGUUUCUGAGCAGAUUGGACAAGGACCAUCUGAUGAAAGCAUAUCCAAAGACCAACAAGACCAGCCAACAAAUGAAGAUGCAGAACUAGGGAAAGUCGAAAGCACAAGCUUACUCAUUCACAUACAAGAACCUAAAACCACUCAGGAGAAUGUGAUGACAGAGAAUUUAGAACUCAGCACAUCUGCGAAACGGAGAAAGAUGGGGUCAACUCGAAGGAGUCAUAGAGAGCCACUCCAUGGAGGUGGCCUGAAAGAGAUAAAUCAAAAAGAGAGAGAAAGAGGUGAAAAAGACGAUGAAGACACGUAUAGUGAGGGGAAUGAUGUGCAUCUCACAGAAACAUCUAACAUAUCAAGCAGAACGAUGGAUGUUGUGCAGGAGGAAAGAGAAGAGAUAAAGGACGAAUUAAAAGCCAGUCCUACAGAAGAUUCCACCACUGAGGAUUUUAUAGCAGUGUGUUCAGAACAAUAUAUGGAUUCUGGAUUAUCCUCUCAAACAACUGAACUGGGGUUAACCACUAACAUACAGCCAUCACCAGUGACCGAACAUUCAGAUUCCAAGGAUGAUGGUGGGAAUAGUGAAGAAAAUGUAGUAAUAAAAAACACAGAACUACAUACACAAAACCAAAGUAAGAAAAAGAGGAAAUUUGGAUCAACCCGCAGGCCUCAAGGAGGACACAGACCAGACAAUGAAGGAGAGGAAAGAAGAUGGAAAGAUGUGGAAUCUACAGAAGAAAUUGAAGUUGAUGAGGAAGAGAGAUGUUCUAAAGAAACCACUCAUCAAGCAACUACUUCAGAGUUGCUUACUGAACCACACAGUGCUGCAAGUGAGGUGUUACUUGGCAUCCCUGAACUACCCUUGGAAAAAGAAAUGAUUGAAUCAAAUGAUGAAACAGGAGAGCAGGGAAUUACUGAUAGACCACAUGUCACAUUGACAGAUACUCUUGUUCACUUUAUUGAUAAUGAUGUAUGCACAGCAGAAGAAAUAGUGGAGAUUACAAAAGAACAUGGACAAUCAGCAGUGGAGUAUGAGAGGGAUGAUGAGUCCACAUCUUCAAAUAAGCAGAAAAUACCACCAGUCGUCACAGAAAUUCAGAAUGAUGCUUCCACAUACCUUGUCGAAGGCCAUGAUAUGGAGAGUACUGAAAACAGAAGCCCCGACCAAGUUCAUGUUACUCCUACAUGUGGAACAGUGGAGCUUAAUUCUGAGGCCCAGGACAUCUUAGGCAUUCCAGUGAAUACAGAAAAUACUCAUGAACUUGUUUCUGAGCAGAUUGGACAAGGACCAUCUGAUGAAAGCAUAUCCAAAGACCAACAAGACCAGCCAACAUAUGAAGACUCAGAACUAGAGAAAGUCGAAAGCAUAUGCUCACUCGUUCACAUACAAGAACCAAAAACCACUCAGGAGAAUGUCAUAACAGAGAAUUUAGAACUCAGCACAUCUGGGAAACGGAGAAAGAUGGGGUCAACUCGACGGAGUCACAGAGAGAGACUCCAUGGAGGUGGCCUGAAAGAGACUAUUGAAGAGAUAAAUGAAAAAGAGAGAGAAAGAGGUGAAAAAGAUGAUGAAGACACAUAUGGAGAGGAGAAUGAUGUGUAUCUUACAGAAACAUCUAACAUAUCAAUCAGAAAGACGGAAGUUGUGGAGGAGGAGAGAGAAGAGAUAAAGGAAGAAUUAAAAGCCAGUCAUACAGAAGAUUCCACCACUGAGAAUUUUAUAGAAGUGUGUCCAGAACAAUAUAUGUAUUCUGGAUUAUCCUCUCAAACAACUGAACUGGGUUUAACUACUAACAAACAACCAUCACCAGUGACAGAAUAUUCAGAUUCCAAGGAAGAUGAUGGGAAUAGUGAAGAAAAUGUAGAAAUGAGAAAUGCAGACCUUCAAACACAAAGCCAAAGUAAGAAAAAGAGGAAAUUUGGAUCAACUCGAAGGCCUCAAGGAGGACACAGACCAGACACUGAAGGAGAGGAAAGAAGAUGGAAAGAUGUGGAAGCCACAGAAGGAUUUGAUCAUGAUGAGAAAGAGAGAUGUUCUGAAGAAACCCAUCAAGCAGUUACUUCAAACUUGCUUACUGAAUCACUGAAUGCAGUGAGUGAGGUGUCACUUGGCGUUCUUAUUGAGGAAAUGAAAGAAAAAGAAAGCAGCAAGGAACAAACAGUAGAAGAAAGCGUACCAAUUGCUGAGGAAAGUAAUUCAGAGGUUGAGAGGCUGAGCUUCAUUCCUACAAUUCCUACUGAAACAUGUCAUCAGUCCAUGGAGAGGCAGUCUGAGCCCUCAGAAUCAAUCACCAUCAUAAGACCCGAACUUGAAAAAUUAGACAAGAAAAAAAGAAAGAUGGGUUCAACUCGCAAGAAUUUCAAGGGAGCAGAUGGCAAAAAAACAUGGGACAAAGGAACAGGGGAUAUGGACCCAAAAUCUAUUGAAGAUAUUAUUAAAGAAGAGACAAAAUCAACAGCAAGAGAAGAUACAGUGCUUGAUGACAAAGGCUUCGGACGGAGCAUCAUAGUAGAGAUGAUAGGGCAAGAGGAUGAACUGCAAACUCACCACAUGCUUGAUCAGUCAGAAGGGUCACUUCUCGGUGAGAUAGAGUAUGAAUUGAAAAAGAGUUGUCAAAGUCCCCUGAAUACCACUGCUCAUUCCAUUAGUGAAGAAAUCUUGGAAAGCUCAUUAAACAAGCCUUUAGAAACAGAUGACAAUCAACAGAAUAUAUUAGGAAUCCCAGAACCAAAAGCUGAGCAAGGCAAAAGCACUCUUGAACUACCACCAUCUCAAAGCUCUCAAACUUCCACUGAACCAAGCUCCCCCGGAAGAAGAAGAAAAAUGGGGUCCACACGCAAGACACCUAGAAACAGGCAGACAGAAGAACCAAGGGACGAGAGCAGAGACACUGAACAGGACACAGAGAAUUUGGCACUUGGAACAAACAGUGAACUAGAGGGAGAAACCGCUACACUAAAAAUCACAGAAGAUGUGAAAGGAUCUGUUGGCAUUACAGCUAAAGUCCAAGCUGUCUCUCAAGUUGAUGAGAAUAAUACAGAGCAUCCCAUUCCAGAAGGUAGGCGAAAGUUUGGGUCCAGACGCACGGCAAAAGGUGAAUUUAAGCUCAACCAGAAAGAAACAGAAGAUGUCCAAGUGUUCACUGAUGAGUUAACAGUUGAUCCCAAUUUCAUUCCAGGACAAGAGAGCACUCCGGUCUCUCAACCAAUCUCUGCCCAUGAAGACACAAAAGCUAGCCCAAGUAAUGAACAGAAUGAAAAAUCUGUUGUGAAUGAAGCUGAUAUAUCUACAAGAACUGGCCUGGACUCCUUGGAUGAUCUCAGAAGGUCCUCACUCUAUAAUGGAAGGACUGGAACAAGAGAAAUGAUUGACUUUGAGAGAUGGGAUGAGCAAAUUCCAGAUUUUGGAGUGGCUGUGUAUAACGUGGUGAUGGUGGGAAACUGCGGUGUGGGGAAGACGUCAUUCAUUAGACGCUUCCAGAGUGGACUCUUCAGCAAGGAUUAUGGUUCUACUAUUGGUGUUGACACCUUUGUUCAGACCAUUACACUGGGCAACAGAACUGUUAAACUGCAUAUAUGGGACACAGCAGGACAGGAGAGGUAUCACAGCAUCACUAGACAGGUUUUCCACAAGGCCCAGGGGCUUCUGCUGAUGUAUGACAUCACAUCCUCUCAGAGUUUCUGUGCAGUGCGUAACUGGAUCUCCCAGAUUCAGGAAAGAGCUCCUGCUGAUGUCACCAUGAUGUUACUUGGCAAUAAGAAUGACUCUGCAGAGCGAGAAGUCCAGCUCAAGGAAGGGGAGGAUCUGUCAAGGGAGUAUAACAUUCAUUUUAUGGAGUGCAGUGCUGCAACUGGUGAGAAUGUGUCAGAAUCUAUGAAGUCUUUAGCUUGGUUACUGGUGAAACAGAAUGUGAGGAGAGAGGAGGAACAAGCAAUAUUACAGCCAAAGCAACCACAGAAGAAGUCAGGUUGCUGUUAAAAGCACACACACACAUUUUUGUCCACACACUUAAUAAAACUUAUGUGCACAAAACCAUAUUAAUAUAGCAAAUGUUGUAGAUUGUUGCUGCAUUUCAAAAUGUUUAUUCACACUAUCGAUCGUCUUCAUUAACUUCUGUAAAGAAUUUUCUCAUUUAAUUGAAUUAUUUAAUCAGCUUCUCUUUACAUGCUUUGUGCUACUGCUUUAAACUGAACAAGUAAUGUUCAAGUGAAAUUCAGUAGCUCCAUCAUAAUAGAUUAAUACAUAACAUAGAUUACUGAGGUACAACCAGUCUUUGAAAUGUUUAAAUACAAUUUGAACCAGAUAUACAUGUUAAGUUGAAUUGCAAAAAUACUAUUAAAAUAUUGUUCUGCUGGCUCUUUUGACCCAACACCAUAUGUACUCAGACCUACAUUAUCCUACAUUUACAGUGAAUUGUGUAAUGCAGCCUUGGGAUCAAUUCAGGUCAUAAAUUAAUCUGCAAAACUAUAUAAAUAUACCUAUCAAUUGGAAUUAUGAGAUGAACGUCAGUUCAAUACACUGAAAUGGAACUGAUCCCAACUCUGGUGUCAUGUACCCAAAAUGUACAUUAAAGCACAGAAUCACGUGCAUUAAGUCUGUGAGUCUGGACUCCAUAUGCAGAGGACAAUUAGAAUAAGUAGGCUGAGAAAUAGUGCAAAGACAAUGAAGAAGAUCUCUGCUGCCCACUGACUGUGUUGUACCCCUGUUACCACUAGAGGGCGUUCAGAGGGAAUCAGGUUGGUUAAGUUCAGCAUAUAACCCAGAGUCCAGCCAAUGUCAUUGUCUGCCACCUGUAAUGUGAAUAUCAACAGUAUUUCAGUCAGAGCACAAACAUGAAAGAAAAACGGAAAAACCCUACAUUGUUUUCCUCUGUUUUACCCCCAUAAUUUUAAACUAAAGUAGACUAUAAUAAUCAGAGGUGGGUUGUAACUUGUUUCAUUACUCAUUUUCAUGUACUCAAGUAACAUUUCAUUCUAGCCUAAGUGUUUUUAAUUUAUUUAUCUCUACUUAAGUAUAUUUGUAGUAAUUACUUUUUACUCAGUUACAGUACAUUACAGUCAUUAACAUAGUUACUAAUUCCUUUUGUUUAAUUUCAUUAUGCAGUGCUUUGCAAUCAUUCACACCUCUCACUUUUGAUAUUUAGCAUUUUACUCAAACCAGUAGUGCAUUAAAAAGAGAAGUAUAGCACCCAAUAAAUUUGAUUUCUUAUUAUUGCUGUUUCAAAACAAAAAAACAAAAAAAACCUUCUCCAAAAUAGUUACUUUACAGAGGAAAGCAAAAACGUUCUGAACUUUCAUGGUUUCCAUACAACAUGAAGCACAGAUGCUGUACUCAAAUGAUGUAGAACAGGGGUUCUUAACCUUUUUUCAUGUUGCCUUUUUUAUAUAUUUAUUAUUAAAUAUUAUUAUUAAAAUACCCUCAAUAACGAGCUCAUCCAAUAGAAAUUCAUAAUCAACAUUAGCCUGUGAUCAACGGCCUGUAGGUUGAGCCAUUUAGCAGCGCUUGUGUUCAAAUUAUUUUAUCUGCGUUUGAUAAGGCAUGUCUUCUAAGACCACUUGCGCCCCCCAGGUUCUUGAUGUGGUCCCCAGCUUAUUUCUCUACAUCACCCAGAUGUAGAAAACUAACAAAUAUUGAGAUACAUGUUUUUUGUUUGUUUGUUUUUUUUGUUGUUGUUUUUUUUGGACAGUGAUGUUAUGCUUGGGGCCAGAGUAAGAUCAUCAUGGUGCCCCAUCUCCACAAAGUCUGUAAACAUAACACUGUAUGUCACACACCGCAUAUGCAUUGAUAAUAACAUAAUUUAAGUAAACAAUAAAAUACGUUUGGCUGGAAA